UUGAUGAAAAUAAAAUAAAAAAAUGUUUAAUUUUCAUAUCCAAACAUGUAGAUUACCUCAGCUACUUAUAAUAUUUCCAAGAUUAAAAAGAAAAUUGCAAUCCCUACUUUGUAUCCCUUCGUCCAGAGAAAGCAAAAAUUUAAUUAAUUUUUGCUUUGAAUACACAAAUUUCUGACGGGAUUAGUUGUGUUUGAGUUUUAGCUAAAAUAAAUCCCUUUUUCUUUUUCCAAAGAAUUUGAUCUAAACGGAUCAAAUUGGUAGAAUUUUUCGAAAAAUUCUUGUAUUCUUGUUAAUUCGGAGAAAUGGAGAAGAAAAAGGUGGCUGUACCAUUAGUUUGCCAUGGGCAUUCAAGGCCGGUGGUUGAUUUGUUCUACAGCCCCAUCACCCCUGAUGGCUUUUUCCUUAUCAGUGCCAGUAAAGACUCCACUCCAAUGUUAAGAAACGGGGAGACUGGAGAUUGGAUUGGCACGUUUGAAGGGCAUAAAGGUGCAGUAUGGAGCUCCUGUCUAGAUACCAAAGCAUUACGAGCUGCAUCUGCCUCGGCUGAUUUUUCUGCGAAAUUAUGGGAUGCGUUGACUGGAGAUGAAUUGCACUCGUUUGAACACAAGCAUAUUGUUCGAGCAUGCGCCUUUUCGGGGGAUACACAUCAUCUACUCACGGGUGGAGUUGAGAAAAUCCUUCGCAUAUUUGAUUUGAAUCGUCUAGAUGCAGCACCAAGAGAAGUGGGUAAUUCUCCUGGUUCAAUUAGAACCGUUUCAUGGCUCCACGGUGACCAGAUUAUUUUAAGUUCUUGCACUGAUACUAAUGGUGUUAGGUUGUGGGAUCUCAGAAGUGACAAAACUGUUCAAACACUUGAGACAAAAUCACCUGUCACAAGUGUUGAAGUGAGUUGUGAUGGUCACUAUAUAACCACAGCUGAUGGAUCUACUGUUAAGUUCUGGAAUUCAAAUCAUUUUGGGUUGGUUAAAAGCUACAACAUGCCGUGCAAUGUAGAAUCAGCUUCACUGGAACCAAAGAACGGCAAUAAGUUCAUUGCUGGGGGAGAAGACAUGUGGGUGCGCAUGUUUGAUUUCCAUACCGGAGAAGUGCUUAGUUGCAACAAGGGUCACCACGGUCCUGUCCACUGUGUACGUUUUGCACCUGCAGGGGAAUCCUAUGCCUCAGGAUCUGAAGAUGGUACCAUUAGAAUAUGGCAGACAAGUCCAGUGUUUCGUCAAGAGAGUGAACCAGUACCUGGAAAUGCACCGAAUCCGAAAGUGAAGGCUGUGGCUGAUGAGGUUAACCGUAAGCUCCAGACCCUUCAAGUCGGCAAGGAAGGGAACACCCCAGAGAGGGGAUAAGGAACCCGAUGCACGACAUAGUAUUGAAUUUGUCAAGGGCAUUCAACAAGUGUUUUUUCAGCUUUGCUUUCCAGGUUGUAGGAUUAUGAUGGGUGUGUGUUGUUUGCUCCUUGUUUCUCUACGGAAAUAAAAUGA